CCCUCUAGUCUUAUACUGGCUACGUUUGGUAAAAAACGGAGCUAAUAAUACAUCAAAACUCAAAUCUAUAUUUUAAUUAUAAACUGAAAAACAUCAAUAAAUCAGCAAUAAAACUAAGUCAUUUUKAUUUUUUAUUUUUUUCUUAGAUGGGGGAAUGAUCCAAAGGCUAAGACUACAUAUCCUUGAUCAAAAUUCAGUAUCUUAAGACAUGACUUUCAGGCCAAAUUGUUUUGUUUUUGUCCAACCUGCCACUUUAAGAAUUACAAAAAAAAAAAAAAAAAAAAAAAAAAAAAACAAAAUUAAAGGAAACAACUUAGAUGUCACUUUUUUAUAUACCUAAAUGUUAUCAAAACCCAACGGGAGCGGCCACUACCACGACAAACACAUGCUGGUACUACUUUUACUUGUGAGAUCGUGACCUACAACAAGCAGACACAUAUUGCGUUAAGCGGGUCAUUUCAGAGUCCCUCAUCCAUGGCUGUUUGUGUGUUUGUAGACUGCGUUAUGAGCGUGUUACAGACGGACUGGGCAUACGGACAAACAUGGCAGGUUAAACAAGUGUUCUGUGUUACACUUUUUAGAGCCCAGAAAAUGAGUGCCACUGGAAAACAGAGUCAGAAGUCCAACGAAAACAUAAUGAGCUUUUUUACAACAUCACAAAAUAAAAUGGGACAACCCAGGCAAAGGCUGCAGGUCCUCCAACCCUCAGCAGUCAACACAAGUUUGAAAUCAGCUCAGAUGGGAAAAGGUAUUCCCAAGCGGAAGCAGUGGAUGCCUGAUGAAACUAGAGGCCCCAAGAGAGUAAAGAUGGAAGUUAAAUCCACACAAACAGAGGAAACUGAUUGUUUACCAGAUGGUGUCUCCAGGGAAGCUUAUGACCUUAUGGUCAAAGAAACUCCACCUUCCUCUUACUGGAAAGAAGUAGCCGAGGAGCGUCGUGAAGCCUUGUACAAUGUCCUCCAGGAGAAUGAGAAGUUGCAUAAAGACAUUGAGGCCAGAGAUGAGCAGAUUAAACUGCUUCAGAGUGAAAACGAAGAGCUGCAGGACUUGGCACAACACGUUCAGUACAUGGCCGACAUGAUCGAGAGGCUGACUGGGAAAUGUCCUGACAACCUGGGAGAAAUGAAGGACAUUGCUCUUGAUGUGGAGGAGAAACGGGAUGAAGAUGAGGAUGAGGAGGAUCUUGACUACAGUGAUGAAUAUGAAGAAACCCCAGACCAGGAACAAGCAGGACCCUCAGGGGAGCAGCAUUAACCACAGAAACCUGACUGCAGAUGGUUCUUCAUCUUUAACAUGAUUUUUUUACAAGAUGACAUUUUUUCUUUUUUGGACAUUUGAAAAAGUAAAGGUUGCUUCUGGAGAGUUUUCACUGUAAACGGCCAUUUCUAAAAGGCAACACUUUUUAUGUAAUUUAUUAAAUGAAACAUUCUUGUUUGGCAGAGGAGUCUUUGACAGGGAUUUACGCUUGAUGUUUCUGCUGAGACAAGAUGUUGGCUUAAUGUACAGGAGAGUGGCUUCAUGGAUUUACAGUUGUGUACAAUAAAUUUUAUGUUUUCUAUCUUCU